UUACAUUCUUUCUUUCGUUUCGCAAGCGUACAGUGUAUUGUGCAGUUGUGAAUUCCAGUUUAUUAAUAACAUUUUGUUAAGACGAUAAAACUUAAUAUUUUCCAAUAAUUUAUAAUGUAAAAAUUGAUAAUGAACUAUUUUUAAGUUAUGUUAUUUUAGUGUGUGAUAAACUGUUGUGAACAAGGACAAACUGUCUAGACAGCUGCCAGUUCAACAUGGCUGCUGUCAAUAAAAUGCAACCUCUAAAAUUCGAUCGAAUAUGUCGAGCUUGUCUGCAGAUAAAAAAGGACAUGAGACCAUUGUUCGAACAACUUACAGCAACAAUGUUAAUGGGCAUAUCAAAAGUGCAGGUUGCGAUAGGCGACGGCCUACCAUCCCAACUGUGUCUGCAGUGCGUGCAUCAAAUAUCUCGGUGCCACGCGUUCAAGGAGUUGGUAGAGCGCAACGACGCUACCUUGCGCGACCAAAUCAAGCGCAUGGCUGAGGAGGCUGCCCUCAAAAUCGACAGAGAGGAGAAAGAAAAGUUGCUGACUCUUCAGAAUUGCACAGAGCCAUACAUGCAGUACAUGGAGCUGCCCAUAGAGAACUUCUUCACCGAACCUCAAGCUGCGCAGGUCCAGCAAAAAGGAGAAUUUGAUGUCGAGAAAGUGUUCGAAAACAUAUCGUCAAACCAGGUAAGUCAGCCACCCGCGCCCAGCGCUGUCAAAGAUGAAGACGCCCUCAACUCAGACGAAGAGAGCUACCUCCAAAUGGUCGUGUUCCAAGCGACAUCCUCCGUGUCUCCGGGCCGGCACGUCUGCAACCUCUGUCAUAAGGAGUUCAAGCAUAACCGCUGGCUGAAGCAGCACAUGAGGUCUCACACUAAUUGGAUCAAAGCCAACUGCAAGAAACCACCCAUGUGCCCCAUCUGCGAGAGGACUUUCAAGGGGCCGGGCAUGUUGAAGAUGCAUAUGCGCACACAUGAGCAACGCCCACCGAAGCAGCCCACCUGCUCCGUCUGCCAACGCACCUUCGCCACCAAGACUUUACUCUAUAGACACAGACAGACCCACUUCGAACAGAAGACGCACCAGUGCACUGUUUGCGAGAAGCGCUUCUUUAGCGGUUACGCGCUGCGCUCUCAUAUGGCGCGCCAUCGCGGCGAACGGCCGUAUACCUGCUCACUUUGUAGCAAGAGCUUCUACAACCCUACUGAUCUGAAGGUACACUUCCGUCUACACACCGGAGAGAAGCCGCUCAAAUGCUCUGAAUGCAAUAAGACCUUCCGUCGCCACUCUACUUUAUGCCAACACAUGAAGAAGCACCGCGGCAUCAGGAACCAUGUGUGCAAUAUCUGUAACAAGGGCUUCUACGAAAUCUCGAAACUCAACGCUCAUAUGAGGGUUCACACAGGCGAGCGUCCAUUCGAGUGCCACAUAUGCGAUCGCAAAUUCGCUCAGCAAUCCGCUUUGAUCUACCACCGUCGCACCCACACCGGCGAAAAGCCGUACAGCUGUAAACUCUGCAACGCUCGUUUCACCACCUCAUCGGCGAGAAACAACCAUCUGGUCACACACAACGGGAACAAGAGGUUUGUCUGCCCAGUAUGCUUUAAAGGCUGCACGUCUCGCACGGAACUCCGCGUUCAUUCCACCAAGCACACCGGCGAAAAGUUGUUCGCGUGUGAAUUCUGCUCUCAUCGGUUCAGCUCUGCUUCAUACUUGGCUGUGCACAGAAGGCAUCAUACUGGAGAAAAGAAGUACCAGUGUAAUGUCUGUCAAAAAUGUUACAUGGAGCCCAAUUCCCUCAAGAAACACAUGAAAACGCACGGAGUCAAAAACGAUACAGAAUCGUCCAAUUCCGAGAACUCUGAGGCACAAAUUAAUGCUGAACCCAAGCAAGACCAAAUAGUUGAAGAAGCUCAAACGAUUGCUUCGGUGGAAGAACAAACUGACACUCAGGUGCAAACUCCGGAACAAACAGUAGUACAGGAAACUGCAACUACUACGCAGAAGAGGUACCGAUGCGGUAUUUGUGUGAAGACUUAUAUGUACCUGCAUAGCCUUAAGAAGCAUAUCAUGCAAGUUCAUAUGCCGCAAGCCCAACAGCAGCAGCAACAACAGCAGCAACAGCAACAGCAACAACAACAGCAGCAGCAGCAGCAACAACAACAACAGCAGCAACAACAACAACAUCAGCAGCAGCAACAACAGCAACAACAACAGUUGCAACAUCAGUCACAACAACAGCAACAGGUGCAGGCAGUGCUGCAGGUGGGUGGAGUACAGCAAUUAGCCGUUCCUAUACACGCACAACACGUGCAACAAGGCAUAGUGCAGAGUGGAACCUACCCAGUGAUAUCUUCCGUGCAGUCAUUGCAGUUGCAGCAAACACAGCAACAACAGAUUAACACGCAGCAACCGCAGCAACUGCAACUGCAAACCAUACAAAUCCAUCCCCAGCACCAACCCAUACAAAUACACACUGUUGGCGUUCAACAAGUGCAGCAGCAACAACUGCACGUGGCCACGUCGUCCUGCCAAUCGAUGAUACCAAAUAUACUACAGCUUCAGCCAGCAGUGGCGGUGUCUGGCUUGGGCACGCAAGAAUUGAGCGGAGUAGCUCACCGCAUCAUACUGCAACCACAACCGCCCGCUACUCACCCCGCCCUCUAUACUAUACACCACUGAAACCUGAAACACUACCCGUAUCCGCUACUGUAGCAAAGAGACGAACAAAAACGAAAAUCUUAAAUUCUGAGUACACUAGGAUAUGGACAUGACAAGUGGAAGUGCCCCUCUAAUAGAAAGAGAAAGAAGAUGAGAGACCGCUAGCUUUGUCUCUUUAAUCGCGCAUGCGUAUUGGUCACUUUUAUUAAUAAUUUUACUAACAAUGUAUAAUGAGUCACAAUAGAGAGAGAUAGCUAGCGGUCUCUCGUCUUCUUUCUCUUUCUACUAGACGGACACUUUUAGAGCGACCUUCCCCACUCUAUUUUUAUACCUCUAUGGGUGCAAAUCGUAAGUGGUUCGGCCCAGUUUUAACUACGCCCCUCUGCUUCUUUAUUGCCCCGGUGCCUCCACACCUCUAAAUCCACACACCACACAUCCACUAGUGUAGAAAACAAACUAAUAAAAGGACAAUUACGAAAAUAUAAAAUUACAAAAACAAUGGGCCCUAUUCUGGCAUGAUUCUCUUAACUUGAUAUUAAAGACAUCUAUCUCUCAUUUUCACUCCCUAUAAAGCACGAUCAGGAGAAAAUUGACUUUAGGUUUAGAUAGGUGUCGAUUCUGCUGUGAUUCUCUAGAUUUAAAAUAAAAUUGGACAACAGUGGUGGCGAUUCUGGCAUGAUUCUCUUAACUUAAAACUAAAUUUAACAUCAGUCUCUCCUUUUCAUGAUGUAUAGAGAACGACAAGGAUACACUGUUGUCAAAUUUAAGUUUAGAUUUAGAGAAUCAUGCAAGAAUUUACACCAUAAUCAUGCCAGCCAGAAUCGGGAAAUAAGCCAGCCAGAUUCCAAUUCUGGUUAAUAGCUAUUAAGAAAGGAAGAAAUAGUAAAUUUAGUACCUACCUCACUGGAUAUUGGUACUGAGAAUCUUAUUAUCUCAGAAAUAUCAAUUAUAUCUUUAAUAAAUAAAAAAUAGUUAUGUCAUUCUAGAAAUUAUUGUCAGCUUUUUACACUACCCUUAUUAAUAUAAUAAGUAACCGUAAAACCAAUAUUCUAUAAACUUUUGUACCUUAGAUAACUGUCGAUCACAGGGAGAUCCAUCAUUUAUCUAUGUUUUGUAUAUUUAAUCACAUAGCAUAGCAUAGCAAUAACUCGGCCAAUAUAAGAAUAAUAUCCAAAAUGGCAGCAAUACAUGGGCAUACACUUCUGUUUACCUCUCACUCACUCUAACGUAACAGGUAAAUAGGAACGCCCCAUUUUUAAAUCCCAUUUCUUUAUUGUACAUAAUAUUCAUUUAUUUAGUCAUCGUGACUGUCCCUUUUUUGUCAUGUGCUCAAUUUGUUUUGUUGUUAGUCACCUUAUAAAGAAAUAAGAAUUUCACAAAUUGUGAUGUAGUAGAAUUAGAAAAUGUAGAAUAUUUAUUUUAUUUUGUUAAAACACUUGAUAUUUCUUUUAUUAAUAAAUAAUAAUUUAUA